AUGCAGCGCACGAAGGAAGGCAAGCACGAGCGCGACCGGGAGAUCGCUGUGCAAUCCGCCAACAACAGCGAACUACAAAGUGCGGCAGCGCAGCUUCUAUGGAGUGGCAUUCGUACGGUGACGGGAGAGGGUGCCGCCACGGUGCAGACUCUAUGCCGCAUCAAGGCGAACAAUCUCAAUCUGUGGAACUACGUGCACAGCGAUCGAUCGUGCUCGCACAGCGCGUCCUGGACAUCCCCUACAUGCCGACACGCGCGUGGCAGGCAGUCCAAGAACGUCUCGCUGCGGCCGGUGAUGAACAUCGCGACGUUCUCGGAUCAGUCUACACUGCAGGCGUUGGUCAACGCUUCGGUCGACAACGCAUUUCUCUACUUUGUGUCCCUGACGUACAAGUACGACACGGAUGAACAGACUGCUCACAAGAGGGCCGUGAUGGGUGCACUAGCUGCGCGACUCACGGAGCCAACUGCGGAGCCCAUUCGGACGCCGCCGAUCAGCAGUCGGAGCCUUCAUCUGCUCUCCUUCGACGGAGGCUCACGUCGCAACCCGGGACCAAGAGGCUCCGGUUCGGCUAUGGUGCGCGUCGACACGGACACGCAUUCGGUGGAGAUCAUAUGGGUGGCAAGCAUAUCGUACGUCCGGGCAUAUACGACUAACAACACGGCGGAGUACUGGGAGCUCAUCCACGGGAUCCGUCGAGCUGAAGCUGACCAACUCACUCCACUGCAUGUGGUAGGAGACAGUGCCAUGAUCAUUCAGCAGAUGCGGCGGCUCCGACUGACGCGCCACCACCGACUUCGACCACUCUAUUGA